GACGGAAUGAAACUCCGAGAAGUAGAUGAAGGCGGAGAAAUAACGUCAUCGAAACAACAUGCAUUAAAAUACAGAACAGAAGCUCUUUGACAUCGUAAAUUAUUUCAGCUCCACAAUUUUCAUCACAAUCAUCACGGUAUUAAAGUGGAGUACAAUAAAUAUGGCCGAACAAGAUACACUAGCCUCUCAUUUUGGAGGUCAUCCUAUUCCUACUGAGAAAGUAACGGAAAGGGUAUCGAGAUGGACGUUCGUAAGUCUAGGUAGGCUAGACUCUCUCUCAGCUUCAUUUCUCAUUUCAACAAAGAAUAUGUAUUUAGAUUGAUUUACGAUUAUAGGAAAGGCGUCAGCAGAUGAUACAUCUAAUACUACCGUCUAUGACCAAGAUCGCUUCGCAUCUAAUGCAUCUAUUAUUCCACCGUGGAAUCCCCAAGUUAAUGCCACGGCAGUAGGAUUACUACAACGUGGUUUUCUUCCAGCACUAACUACCAAUACAACUCUAUCACUCAUCUCCUACACCAUCGCUCGAUUAACCAAUCGUCUCGACUUGAAAGAUGUCGUCUGGCCACUCGGCCCUCUCAUCUCUUCCUGGACCAUCGCUCUCCAACGCCAUAACUUCGAUCUCUCCAAAACAUGGACAAACAUGGCAUAUCCCCAAAAAUUAAUCAUGGCAGGCUUAACAACGUGGUCACUUCGUCUCUUCUAUCGUAUAACUUCUCGAGCUAUUUCUCGCGGUAAAGACGACGCACGUUAUACUUCUGAAUCAUCGAAAAACUCCGAUUAUUGGAAUAAAUGUCUAUUUUCUACUUUUGUUCCAGAAGCACUCGUUCAAUCGAUUAUUGCUCUUCCGUUUACAAUGUGUCUUGCUGCUCCAGAGGUGCUUAUUGCGAAUCAAUCACUUUCGAGGAAUCCAGGAUGGAAAAUCGCUCAUGCGGUUGGGGUUUUUCUUUUCUCUGCUGGUUUUGCUUUGGAAGCUGGUGCGGAUUUACAGUUGGAAAAUUAUAAGAGUAAGAAGAAUGAAAAUGAGGGAUUAUUAAAAGAUGGUAUUUGGAGUAUCGUUCGACAUCCCAAGUUAGUAUUGAUCUCUUCUUCCCUCAUGAGACGCCAUCAUCCUCACCAAUACAAAAACACAAACUAACCCAAAAAAACACCCACAGCUACCUAGGUGACACACUAAUCCACACCUCUUUCCCACUCAUCCUCUACGGAGCAGGACUCUUUCAUCCCCUCAUGCUUCUUGCUCCGAUCACCAAUUAUACCUUUUUGAGAUAUGUAGGUGGAGAUGCUCAAACGGAGAAAUAUCAACAGGAGAGAUAUGAAAAGAUUGGUUCGGCGAAUAAGUUGGAGGAUUUUAGCGGUUUGAAAAGCGGGAAGAAUAGUGUUUGGCCUGGGGUGGAGGAAUGGGGAAAUGUUUGGUUGUGGAGUGUGCUGGCUUGUGGUGCGAUGGGGGUGGUGGGGAGUGGGGGCUAGAAGUCUGUUUUAGGGGUGGGUAGGAGUGUGAGGGUAUGAGGAGAGUUGGGGAGGUGGGAGGUGGGAUGGAGGGUAUGCGGGUGGGUUUGUUGUUUAAAUUGUUGAGAUGUCUGAGGAGUAUUAAUCCUUGUAUUGGGUCUUUAAAUCGAUUGAUUUGUUUGUAUCAUGAUAUGACGCGUAAUGGAUGGGGCUUGCUUUAACAAUAUAAUCCUAUAAUAUUCUUUUCUCCCCUCUAUAAAUCUUGGGAAGAAAUAUGUUAUACAAGCACUCAUGAUUAGGUGGCUACAACUAUACAGAGUUUGAUGGAUGCCAGGUAGUUCUCUUUGUCUGUAUUGAAUACCUGGUAA